AUGUUUGAAAAACGGAUAUACGAAAAAGCUCAAGAAGAUCUGCAUAGAAUUGAUAUUUAUCGUGAUACCCCCAUACGACUUCUCGGAUAUGCAAAUGAAGUUGGAGAGGCAUUUCGUGCUUGGGUACCAGUGAAUGUGGUUCGUUUGUCCUAUGUCUUUGCUAUGGGUUAUGUUUUUGCUGACACAGCGGACAAAAGUCGUAGAACUUACGCGUCGAAAUAUUCGAAUAAUAAAGAACGCUAUCAGGCUGUCGCCUUUCGAGCAGCUGAUACUUUGAUGUGGCAGACAUUGGCAUCUGUUGUGAUCCCUGGAUUUACUAUCAAUCGAAUGUGCUAUCUUACAACAAAGGUGCUUAACUGGACGACGAGAAUACCUGUGAAAGCACAGAAGUUAACAUCAACUGUGUUAGGAUUAUGUAUGAUUCCAUUCAUCGUGAAACCAAUCGAUACUGCUGUUGAAAUUGGAAUGCAGUCCUCAGUGAGGAAGUUUUAUUCAGAAGUGUUUGUGGAAAACUAA